AUGAAGGGAAAAACGUUUACAGAGCGGCUUCGGCUCAUAUGUGCAGCCCAACAUGAAAACACAAGAAACGCUCUUCGGUUUAUCACACACAAUGAUUCACUUCCACUUUCCGUUCGAUAUAUGGCCCAGUUUAAACUGAGUGCACUGCCAAAGGCGUCUGUCCCAAACAGAUUGGCACGCAGGUGCAUCAUUACGGGACGGGCGCGCAGCAUCAUCAAGGAGUUUGACAUUUCUCGCAUCGAGUUUCACCGUCUUGCACGUACAGACUCGCUUCCUGGCAUCGUCCCCUCGUCGUGGUGA